UGUACAGUUGAAAGGCUUAUUAAUGGCUGAGGCUGAGUGUUUUUAACUUUUAUAAAGCAAAAUGCAAAUGAAUGUGUUUCUUGAUUGUGGGUUUCGCUUGAAAUGGCUUAUAUUUGAAAAAUAAGGAGAGAAAUUGAAUCUUUUUAUGUAAAGAAAUCUCAAGUUUUGAAAUUUUUUUCUGGGAAUUUUUAUGAGUUCUUGAAAAUGUGGUGUUGGGCUUAGUGUUAAAGUUUGUUUUUUUCAUCUUAAGAAGAAAAGGGUUUGUGUAUUUUUCUCUUCUAGAAAUUAUCAUGUGGAUUGAUUCUGCUGAAGUAAGUGAGACACCUCAAUUUCAUCAUGAUAUUAAGGUCUUACUUGAAAGGUGUCGUUUGGUGUGAUCGAUAAAGAAAAAUAAUUUCGGGGUGCAUCAUCUAAUGUGCAUGGAACUAAUUCAGUUUGUAACUAGAGUUUCGGUAUUACUUCCUGAAAUUGAAGCAGUCCGUCCUGGAUGCUCCGGAACAGAGGCACUUUGUCGGUUGAACAAUGAAAUUGACAAAGUCAAGACACUAAAUCAACAUUGCAGUGAAUCUAGUAAGCUAUACUUGGCAUUCACAGGAGAUACUAUACUCUCACGAUGUAAGAAAUCAAGAAACAUGUUUGAGAAAAGCUUAAACCAGGUGCAAAAUAUGGUUCCAGUAUCGCUGGCUUCCGAGAUAUCACAACUGAUUGCUGAACUAAGGGGUGCGAUAUUCAGCGUGCACCCAUCUGAAGAGGAGGCAGGGAAGGUUAUAAAGGAAUUACUUCAUCGGUAUGUCAACACAACAGAUUCGGCUGAAGAAUAUGCCUUCGAGGCAAUUCAAGUUGCUAUGUGGAAGCUUCAUAUCACAUCUCUAAAAGCUCUUUCAAUUGAAAAAAGAUCCAUAAAAGAGAUGAUGGAUAGAGUUGGCGAGGGUGAAACAACGAAAAGGAGGAUCUUAUCGAUAUUUCUUAAGCUCCUUAAUAAGCAUGGAAAAUCAAUUGUGACAGAGCAAAUUCAUAAGGAAGACUCUUACCCAUUUUACAAUCAGUGUGAAGUGAACUCUAUUAGAGAUGUCAACUUGGCGGUGCUGAAGUAGACGUUCUGAGGAGCUCUCUAACACGAGGACAUGAUUCUAGAUAGGUAAAUAUGGAGGUUGAAGAUUAGGGUAGAGGGUUAGUAGGUAUAGCGCCGUCUAGUUUCCUUUUUAGUAUUGUUAUUAUUAGUAUCUUAUUAUUCGACUGUAGCAUUACCCAUUAUUACGUCGUUGCUACUUUUCUCUUCUUCAUUGUUUUCAACAUGAUUUCUUCGCUAUUAUAUUUACCUUACAUGCUUGUCUUUUAA